AGAAGUCUAGGAGAAGCCCAGAAGUAUUGUGAGGAAUUGCCUGCCACUGCAACCGAUAGAAGGAUCAUCGUACGCCCAAAACGAGCGAUUGAGUAUUGCAAGGUAAGGAAGGCUAGACGUUAUCGUUGGGAAGUACUAGUCGAUUGGGAGGAGUUGCCAACCGAAGAGGCCACCUGGGAAGAUCUUGAUGAGGUGCGCGAUCAAUUCCCAAAUUUCAUCCUUGAGGACAAGGAAGCGCUUGAAGGGGACGGGAAUGAUGCGGAAGUGGCUAGGCAGCUCAAGAAUGCCGCGAGUCGCGCUUACCACGCACGCAAGAGGUUAGCACGAGAAGCAGCCAAAGUGCGCGCACUGGAGUGUGGUGCGCGCGGGGCGAGUAUGGGUGGCCAACGCGCGGAUAUGCGGAAGAUGGGCACAGGCGGAUACGCACGGGCGGCGGCGCACGACGCGCGCGGGACGGAUGCGCAAGGUGAAUGCACGCGAGGCGCGCGAAGCAUCCCAGCACGCGCGGGGAUGCCAGCAAUAACGGCGCGCGCGCAUUGGCGCGCGAUUAGAGCGCAGACGCGGGCGAAGUCUAUGCCUCACGGGCAUAUGAGAGCUGGGCGCACACGCGCGGGAGGAAGGCGGCGGACGUUGGGAGCGCGGGAUGGCGCGCGUGUACGAUGCGGACGACCCAUGCCGCAUAGGAGUAGGAGAAGCAGGGGCGGCGGGCACAUGCGUGCGGAGCAAGGCGCGCGAUGCCGCGAGCGAAAGGGAUUAGGCAACGCGAGGUCGGCGCGCGCAAGGGCGGCGUGCGAUAGGGCGGCCGAAGGGUUUUUUGCGCAUGACUUGGAGUUCAAGACUUUGGAUUGGAUAUCAAAAAAAAAAAAUAUGAACAGAGUCAUGAGGUUCAUACCAUUGGAUGAGAUGGAUUUGCAGGAUCUUGAAUAUCUCGAAGGUUUGGAGAGGGAAUUAACCCCUUGGGAGCAAGAGUAUUUGGAGGAGUUGUACAAGCAAAGAGAUCUAGAAGAGAAGCUCGAACGGAAACUCAAGAUCAUGGAGGGGUUCGUCGACGAGGAGCCCAUAUUGGCGUUAGAUCUACCAAGCUAUGAUGAAGACAAGGUCGCCGAGUGUGAGGUCAACCAAGUCGAGUACGAGGAACCAUCGUUCGCCGACGUGUUCAUGGACGAGGAAGUGGCUCACAUCGAGAUCUUGGUCGUGGUCGAGGAGGGCCAUGACAAGACGCACAAGGAGGGUAGUGCGGAUGAAGAGGUGUUCGAAGUCGAGAACGAAGUCUUGGUAGAGAUCUUUGAGGUCGAAGAAAGAGUGCCCGAGGUUUGGAUAGAGAUCAAACGCCGACGCGAGAAAGGCCUUUGUUUCAAGUGCGAGGAAAAAUUUAUGCCAGAGCAUCGAUGUAGGCAAGCCUUUGUCAUAGAAGUUGCCAACUCCGACGAGGAAGAAGCUGAAGUCGUGGAAGAUCUGGACCCAGUAAACGACAUUGAAGCAUUUGAUGAGGAGGCUGAGAUCUCGAUGCACGCUAUGGCUAGGAUCAGAGGGCCAAGGACGAUGAGGCUACCAUCUUGGGUCAAGGACCGACGAGUGAUCGUACUCGUAGACAACGGGUCAUCACACAACUUCAUCAAUGCCGACUUGUCCCAGAAGUUGAAUCUACCAACAACGAAGAUUGAGCCCUUUGAUGUUCGAGUAGCCAACGAUGAGAGGCUUCAAUUCACUGAGUCCUUUUGUAAGGUACCUAUCAAGUUCCAAGGAGUUGUUGUGGAAGCAGAUCUCUAUGCCCUACCCUUGGUUGGACCGAACGUGGUUCUAGUAGUACAGUGGCUGGAAGGACUUGGGAGAGUGACCACGGACUACUGCACCGGAGUCAUGGAUUUCAGAUCUGGAGGAAAGCGAGUCACUCUCAAGGCUGGAGGAGAAAAAGUUACUAAAGAGAACACUGGGGCGCACAUGGUCGAGAACGAGCAACAGCAAGGAGAUGUGCGCGAGCUUCUCGAGGAGUUUGAGGGAGUACUGGGCGAACCUAAGGGACUACCACCUUACCGGGAGUUCGAUCAUCGCAUACCACUAGUCAAUGAGCAGCAUGCCGUACACGUUCACCCAUAUAGGUACGCUCACUUUCAGAAAACAGAGAUCGAAAGGCAA